AUGACUGCAGAUGUGCUGGGGACUUUUCUGCUGCUGGAAGUUUCAGGCUUCUUUUCUAUUUUUUCCAGCCCUUCCACUCCAAUCCAUUGCCGCUGGAAUUCUUUUGGCCCUUGGUCUGAAUGUGAUGGCUGUACUCAAAAUCAGAUUCGGAGACGGACAGUAGCAGUUUAUGGCCAGUAUGGGGGGGGACCCUGCUCUGGGGAUGCCUUUGAAACAAGACCAUGCACUCCCACAAGAGGAUGCCCAACAGGAGAUGGCUGUGGCGAUCGGUUCAGAUGCUCCUCAGGUCAGUGCAUUAGCAGAUCUCUUGUAUGCAAUGGUGAUCAGGAUUGUGAGGAAGAUGGUGCAGAUGAAGAUCGAUGUGAUGAGAAGACAACUGUAUGUGAUAUUGAUAAAACACCUCCAAAUUCAGAACUUACAGGAAAAGGCUUUGAUGCCAUCACUCAUGAGACUAGGGGAAGAGUCAUUCAUACAAAAAGCUUUGGAGGACAAUGCCGGAAGGUCUUUAGUGGCGACAGCAGAGACUACUACAGGCUGAGUGAAAGCAUUCUUGCUUAUACUUUCCAGGUUAAAAUCCAGAAUGAUUUCAAUUAUGAGUUUUUCAACAGUAGCUGGUCCUAUGUGAAACAUACAGAGAGGUAUGAAAAAUCAAACAAUGGACACAGUUAUUCACAGAAUCAAAUUCUACAACAAAGUCAAAAGAGUAAGCAGCUGAUGGUUGUUGAGAACAGUGUGGAAGUUGCUCAGUUUAUUAACAACCGCCCAGACUUUCUCACUCUUGCGGAGCCAUUCUGGAAGGAACUGGCCAACCUUCCCGUCGUCUACAACUACAACAUCUACCGAAGACUUAUCGAACACUUCGGGACGCAUUUCUUACAAUCUGGAUCUCUAGGAGGACAUUACAAAGUUAUUUUUUAUAUGGAUACUGACAAAAUGAAGGCAGAAGGUAUGAGUAUAACAGACAUGUACCGGUGCACUACAUCAGGCUGGAAUGCAUUCAUUGUGAAAAAGAAGAAAGUAGAGUGCUCCAAACUUGACGAGCUGCUACAGACUUCUUCAGGAAGCAGUGGUAAUAACAUUAAAGGAGACCCCUACAUAGAAGGAGGAAGCCCAGGUGCUGUUGCUGGCCUUAGUUACCUAGAGCUGAAUAAUCCUGCUGGGAACAGUCAGAGAUACUCCUCUUGGGCCAGAUCAGUGACCGACUAUCCCAGCGUAAUUAAACAAAAGCUAACACCAUUAUAUGAACUGGUAAAGGAAGUGCCCUGCUCCUUGGCCAAAAAGCAUUACCUGAAACAAGCCAUUGAGGAAUAUAUGGCUGAAAACGAUCCCUGUAAAUGCCAGCCUUGCCAGAAUGGUGGUGAAGCAGCUGUGGAAGGAACUCAGUGUGUGUGUUACUGCAAACCUUACACCUUUGGAACAGCCUGUGAGCUGGGAACUCUUGUGCAAGAUCAGCCAGGUGUUGUUGAUGGACACUGGAGCUGCUGGUCUUCCUGGAGUCCUUGCUCAGGGGGUAGGAAAUCAAGGAGUCGAACCUGCAACAACCCCUUCCCAAGUGGUGGUGGAAAAGCCUGCAUAGGAGAGCAGCAUGAAAGCAAACUGUGUGAAGAUGAAGAGUUACAACAUAUUCGCUUGAUGGAACCACACUGUUUUGAUUUAUCCAUAACUCCUACAGAAUUCUGUUCAUCUCCUCCUCUCUUGGAAAAUGGAUUUGUUCAAAAUGCUGAAAAUUCAUACCCUGUUGGGAAAAGCAUUGUUUUUGCUUGCAGACAUGGAUAUUCUCUUGUUGGUGAUCCUAUUGCUAAGUGUGGCAGUAAUUUACAGUGGCAAGUUGGAGACAUGUAUUGUCAGGAAACUGCUUGUCUCCUGCCCAUCCUGGAAGGGGGUUUGCAAGGAGAGCCAUGGAAACCUGUGUAUGAGAUUGGUGAGAGGAUAACUCUGUCUUGUCCACAUGGCAUGCACUUAGAAGGGCCACACUCUGUUUUGUGUGAGCCCAGUCUCAAGUGGUCUCCAGACAUGAAGUCUAUUCAGUGCAAAAGACUAGUGCCCACUGUGAAACCAGAAGUGACAGAGCCUAAAUGUCAACCAUGGGAGAAAGUUCAUCAUUUGCAAUGUGUAUGCAAAAUGCCCUACGAGUGUGGUCCUUCCCUGGAUGUCUGUGCUACAGAUCAAAGAACUAAGCGCAACACACCUUUAACUGUUUGCAAGAUGCGUGCCUUGGAGUGUAUGGGCAGAAAAUACACUCUUACUAAUGGAGAAAACUGCAAAAUACCUCAGGCAGCUGCAAUACCGUGUGGAUCGUGCCGUUCGUGGGAAAAAUGUGAUGAGCAAUCCAGCACCUGUGUUUGUGAUGAAGACAGGCCAUGCAAGGAGGAAGACAUCCAGAUCUGUGCUGAAGUGAGUGGCUCAGCUGCCCACCGGACCAUGACUGAGUGUGAAGCUGGGCAGCUCAAAUGCCAGGGGGAGACUGUCACCCUUGUCAGUAUAAGGCCCUGUGACAUACAGAGCAAAUAA